AUGCCAAACGUUGGGGGCCCACGAGAGGCUCAAAGACGGCUUCUGACCUCGGUCUCCAACUUGAUACUGCUGUACGGCGUGGAGUGCAUCAGAUCUCUAAGGAUCGCUUCCGCGUACCGCACGGUUUCCUCUGCUGCUGUUAUGGUGAUAGCACGAACGAUUCCGGUCGCGUUGCUUGCGCUGGAGCGGCGAAGGAAAUUCCGGGGCUCCGGUGACGAAAGUGAUGGUGACAGGCUGGCGAAAAUGUUGACGACGUGGCAACAGGAGUGGGACCAGGCUAGUGUGGGUAGAUGGACGCACCGGCUGAUCCUGAACCUGUGA